AUGACCGGCCAGGCAGGAAAAUACGUAGGCCGCUUAAGCGACAAAAUAGUGCUCAUCGUGGGAGGGACUUCAGGAAUUGGUUACGCCGUCGCAGAGGCCGCACUGGAACACAAUGCCAUUGUGAUUGUGACCGGAUCCAACCCAGUCAAACUGGAGCAGGCCGUAUCCAGACUCAAACUCUCAUAUCCAUCGCAAAGCUCCAAAACGCGACUAAGAGGAAUUACCAUUGAUCUUGCCGACGCCGAAAACAUGGAGGAAAAUGUGCAAUCAGUGCUGCGAUUCUCAGCCAACGGGGCGAAGAUAAACCAUGUUAUUAUCACCGCCGCAGAUAUGAUGCCUCCUCCGCCGCCGCUGGCCGAAAUCACUGUUCACAGUGUCGAGCGAUCGGGCCGCAUUCGGUAUACGGCGCCUCUGAUAUUCGCCAAAUACCUGCCCCAGUUCAUGGAUCGAGCUUCGGAAAAUUCUCUCACUCUUACGAGCGGUGCCCACGGGCACAAGCCUGAUCCUGGUUGGUCCGCCAUUAUUGGAUACCUUGGAGCAGUGGAGACGAUGAUGAAGGGAUUGGCCGUCGAUUUGAAGCCUCUCCGCGUGAACGUCGUCUCUCCAGGGGCGGUUAUGACGGAGGUCGUACGGGAAAUGCUAGGUCCGCACUACGAUAUGGCUAUUCAAAUGGCGAAAGAAAAGUCCUUGGUGGGUGGUGCUGGCACCCCAGAGAGUGUAGCACAGGCGUAUCUGUAUCUUAUGAAGGACCAAUUCGUCACCGGAACCGUGUUGGAGAGCAAUGGGGGCUUGAUGUUGGUUUGA